AUGACGCUUGGUGGUAAAGAUCGUAACAAUCGUAAAUCUGCUUAUUGGUGUGUGUUCUAUACCCGAUCUCGGACACCUGGCUCUAACAAGGGUACCACAUCUGACCUGAAUAAUGCGGUAAUAGAUUCGAACAAUUUUAGCAGGCUUGGCACCCAACUGACAUACUACUCUGCCAGUGAUGGCCACAAUAGAAGUAAUCAAUUUUAUAUUAUGUCAUGUCCAGUUCCCGAUGGAGCUAAGAGCUCUCUGUUGCCACCUUACCGGGGUCUGUUUCAAGUCAUUGUUGGAGACACUCAGCGUCCAUUUCUGGGGACAAGCCAGGAGAGUAUCACUUUGAGAAUUAUCAGGAACAACGCCGAAAGCGCUAGAUCGCACCGAAAAAGUGCGCUACAUAAAAGUACCUCUUCCCACUCGCGUAAAGACGUAUUGACGUUUGGUGAAUCAGAUAGUAUAGACAGUUUUAAUAAAACUACAAAAAUUACAGACAAUAUUAGUAUACUAGGUGAUACAGUAUCAUAUACUAGAAGUACAUCAGAAGUGCCGAGAACUAUCAUGAUAAACAGUACAGAUGAUAAGAUAGUAUCAUGUGUCCCACCGCUGCAAGGAUCAAUCGGGGUUGUUCAGCUUGUGGAAUUCAUUGAAUUGACCCUACUUCUGGGAAGUCAGCAUAUAGUUUUCUAUACAUUCCAGAUCUCUGAUGAGAUCAAGAAGAUUCUCUUCAUGUACGAAAGACGUGGGCUGGUCACAAUGCUUCCAUGGGCUCUACCAGAUCCGGACUCAGUUUGGGCAAAGGGAAGAGACAUGGCUCUGAACGACUGCUUGUAUAGAACUAUGCACAUCUAUGAUUAUGCUCUAUUCCUAGACUUGGAUGAGUUUUUAGUACCUCGAGUCACUUCAGAUAUCCCAUCAUUUCUCAAAUACCUUAAGUCCGUCCACAGGUUCAACUCCACAAGAUUUUCAGACUUGGUUUUCAGCUCUACAUACUUCCCUCCUCCAACGAAAGUCCAGUAUAAAAACCUCACAAAUGCAGUCGAUUUCACCAGAGACGUCAAUAAAUUCAUCAGCUUAAAAAGCGUACAUAGAACUUACUUCAACCCCAAACACACACUCCGGUUAAUCAAACUGUCAAAAGCUCUUCGAGUUGGAGCAGGAGAAAGGAAACGAACUUCCUUCACAAUCAGCUCUCGCUUUGCUGUGGUCCACCACUACAGCUACUGCCCGCAAGAUGCCAGUGCUGGAAGUAAAGGUGGUGCUGCUGUGAGGUCAGUAGCUCGGGACUCAAGCGCCACUGAUCUCUGCGGCCACACCAAGACAGACUUCAUCAUGUGGCGCUACAGACAUGUACUUAUACCCAGGGUCAAGGACAGUGUCAUCAGGCUAAACCGAGGUUAG